CCUCAAAAGUUAAUAGAAAGAAAAAAGAGAAGACGAGUGACGUCAUCAGAAGGGGACAGCGGUCGCAGUACAGAGCCGUAACAGGACGAUCAGGACCGAAGCGGAUUUGUGUUCCAGGUGGAUUAGCGGCUCAGAAACUGCAGAGACCUGCAGCUUUAACACUUUAUCUGAAUAAAGUCUGGAUCUAUCAAACCGUCUCCGUCGUGUGUAUCGAAAAGACCUCGCGCUGCUUCACGAUAAAAAGAAGGAGACGCCGCAGUACGUUUCCAUGACAACGGUGAGGGUGUUCCUGUCAGAUGCCCUUGUGUGAAUAAAGUUGCACUGAGCUGUCAUCAUGUCUGAGUUGUGCGGUGAUGGAGGGAAGUGGCUGGACGCUCACUACGACCCAGUGGCAGGCCUGUACACCUUUUCGUCCUGCGUGGACCUGGCAGACCUGAGCGGGGACGGGGAGAACCGGCUGGUGGUGGGGGACCUGGGCUCGGGUUCCACCGGUAUGAAGCUGAAGGUGUACCGUGGCACGGCGCUGAUGAGCGAGAGCACCCUGCUGGACCUGCCUGCUGGCCUCGUCGCUUUCUUCAUGGACCUGCAUGAGCCGCGCAUACCCGCUGUCGCCGUGGCCUCUGGACCCUGCGUCUACGUCUACAAGAACCUGAGACCUUACUUCAAGUUCACCCUGCCUGGCCUGGAGGUCAACUCACUGGAGCAGGACGUGUGGCACCAGGUGAGGGAGGGUCAGAUCGACCCUCUGACCCUGAAGGAGAUGCUGGAGAGCAUCAGGAAGAAGGCCGACGUCCCGCUGUCCGUCCGCUCGCUCACGUUUCUCUCUCUGGAGACCAACGACAUGGACGAGUUUGUCCAGCUGCACAAACAGCAGCCAAUCAGACGGCAGACCGUGAUCACCUGCAUCGGGACUCUGAAAAAGAGCACGGCCGAUGAGGACGGUGUCAGCUGUUUGGUGAUCGGCACAGAGAGCAGCGACGUCUAUGUCCUCGACCCUGAAGCUUUCAUCAUCCUCUCCAAGAUGUCGCUGCCGGCUCCUCCCACCAUGAUGGAUGUGACAGGUCAGUUCGAUGUGGAGUUUCGCAUCACGGUGUCGUGCCGCAACGGAAACAUCUACAUCCUGCGCAGGGAGUCGGACAAACCAAAGUACUGCAUCGAGCUGUCGUCUCACCCGGUGGGUCUGGUGAGAGUCGGGAAGAACGUGGUUGUCGGCUGUGCCGACGAGAGUCUGCAGGGCUUCACGCAGAAGGGGAAGAAGCUGUGGAGAACCAUCCUCCCUGCUCCCAUCACCACUAUGGCUGCCAUGGACCUCCCCACCCGGGGCUUCCAGGCAGUUCUGGUGGGCCUGGCUAACUGUGAGGUCCAGCUGUACCGGGACAAGAACCUGUUGAGCACCAUCAAGACGCCCGACGUGGUCACCGGCAUCUGCUUCGGCCGGUAUGGGCGUGAGGAUGGGACCCUGAUCAUGACCACCAAAGGAGGCGGCCUGAUGGUGAAGAUCCUGAAAAGGACAGCGGUGUUCGAAGACAGGGACAGCGCCCCCGGCCCCCCACUGUCCCAGAGCAUCCGCCUCAACGUGCCCAAGAAGACCAAGCUGUACGUGGACCAGACACUGAGGGAGCGGGAGAACGGCCUCGCCAUGCACCGCGCCUUCCAGAUGGACCUGAGCCGCCUGCGUCUGGCCACCGCCAAAGCCUACGUCAAGGCCCUGGAGUCCAGCCUGACGCCGAUGUCCUCCAGCCUCACCGAGCCGCUGAAGAUGAACGCCGUGGUCCAGGGUCUGGGUCCGUCCUUCAAACUGACCCUGAACAUCCAGAAUACGGCGGCCUGUCGGCCGGUCAUGAACCUGGCCAUCAGCUUCCUGUACGACGAGAGUCUGUACCGGAUGAGGAACCCGUACAUGAGGAUCCCCCUGCUGGUGCCCGGACUCAUCUACCCGGUCGAGACCUUCGUGGAAUGUACCAGCGACAAGGGCAUCUCCGACAUCAUUAAGGUGUUCGUCCUGCAUGAGGGGAAGAGCUCCCCGCUGCUGUCCGCCCACAUCAACAUGCCGGUCAGCGAGGGACUGACACUCAACUGACAACAUGACGCCUCAGCUUCACGUCACAGGGACUGGGUGUUCAGACAAACUUUAACCUCUCACUUCAAUUUAAAACGUGCUCAGGUGACUUUAUGAGAUCUGUGCACAGAAGCAAAGAAAAGAAGAUCGAGUUUUAUAAGAGACUGAAUGAUUUAAAUAUCACAAAAUGUAUUUAGUUUAAAUACUUUGAUUACUAUGGAAAUGAUUGUGUUGGUGUUGAACAUGUUAAAUAAAUAAAAUACCUUCUCUCUUCUUCUUUCCAGUGAAUUUUAAACAUAAAUUCAGAUAUAAAAUUCAAGUUUCCAAUAUUUGAAAAAAUAUGAAAUUAAAGUUGCAAAGAAACAAACGGUUUAAAUCCCGGUUUAUCACAAAUCCAUUUCUGAAACUCUAAACGAGCGGCGGAUGAGUGUUUUCUGUCCUCAGAGAGAAACUUUCCAGUUUUUUUACCUGUACUGUGUCAGAGCUUUGUAGAUGUUUCCAGAUCCUGAGGAUGUUCUGCUGUUUAGAACAGUGAUAGUUUGUUUAAGUUAACACGUUAUUUUACAGGAAAUUUUCCUUUAAAGAAAAGCUGAGUGUGAAGCAGCUGCUACAGAAGCUUCACCUGUACAGGUGUGAUGUGUAAUAAAAAUAAUGUUUCAAAUAAAUCAAUCAAAAUAAAGGGGAAACCGUAUGAACCCGGAGGCAGAGUUUUCAUUUUGACCUCUGACCCCUGGCCCUGUGAGUUCAGAGUUCAGGUACACAGCUGCUGUUUGAACUGAAAAGAAGGAAAACAAAUGUUCCACUGAACACGGGACAUGAGUCAACAAAUACAAACAAAAGAAAUGAAACAUGACUCAGAGUCCGUCUCUGAUUGUAUGUCCUCACCCUGUCCAUA